AUGUUCGACUCGGCCCGGAUUGUGGAUUCCUCAGUGGUCGACCAGGCCAGCAGAGUACACGCCGCCUUCUUCGCCAGCAAAAGCGGAGACGCAUAUAAUAUCGAUAUCCAUUCCUUCCUGGAUGGCGCAACGGGUGGGAGUGCGCACCAGUGGGCAGCCACACUAGCCAACAGCUUCCGCCGAACCGUGCGUGCUAUGGGGCGGCGUUUCAUCGAUGCCACGGCCAUAAUGCUGAUCGACACCAUCGUUGAGACAGCACAUGAUACGCUCUCUCUCCUCAAAGACUCGGACGAACUUGAAGGAAACGUGCCAGUCGUGAGGGACUUCGUCAACGGUCUUCUUGAUACAGGAUAUGUGGACCAGCUUACCCAGGCGGUGGGUCUCCUCGCGCUUCCACUGGCAGGUCGGCCUCACGACUCGGCACACGGAAUCGAACACACUCGGCAGGAAGCCCUGUUUCAAGCCUUGCUACUCCUCCGCAUGUUCUUGGAUGUACGCUUACGCUAUGCGCCCCUCAUCUCUGUGUCUCACGGUCUCCUCUCCGCUCUGGGGGCCACGGCCGGCUUGAACCUCGUCCCUGAUGUUAAGGAGUUGGUGCAGUAUUUCCUCAACGGCGUCUUGCAACCGGCGCUCACCAAUCCACAAAUUGUGAGUGCACUAGCGCAGGACAUGUCCGACUCGACGCAGCGGCUAAAUCAGUACCGACAAUCGACUUUUCAGCCACAGUUUGAUGCGUUGAUUGCUGGCAUCGAGCGACAGCGUUUGCGUGUGCCGCGCUGGAUGGUCAAGGCUGACAGGCCGGACAGGGUGUGCGAUGGACUCCAGUGCAUUGUCGUCGGCGAGAAACGCAGAUUCCGGCAAUGCACGGGAUGCAAUUACCGGUUGUACUGCUCCGUUCCAUGUCAGCGCUCGGACUGGACCACGGGCAACCACCGCAACACGUGUCGCGCCUAUCUGUCGUUGUCCACAGAACUGACGGCGCUGACAUCACCCUCGACACGCUCGUUCCUUCGGUUUAUGAUGAACGAAGACUACCUCCGCGACCACGCCGGAAGCGCCGCCGGCGGGUCGCCGCCGAAUAUUGCGAUGUUCGACUACCGCGGCGGUUAUCGGGCGGAAUCAGGCAACACAGUGCGCUAUGUCGACUGUUUCACCGAGCCGGUAACCGUCUCUGCCCCGGGGCUAUCCGGGCCCCACGAGGCGCUGGAGGCCGACUAUGUUCAACGGACGGCGCGGGACGCGGAGGUUGGGGUAGGGUGGAAUAUCUGCAUUGUGCGAUACAUGGGCUCGGAGUCGGACUCGUAUAGCUCCCUUACGUUCGUCCAUCGCAUACUGCGCAAAGCGAUAGUUUCGCCGUUCAACGCGGCGACGUCAGGUUAA